AUGGUGAAAGGAGUUCACCGCUUAUCCAAGAUAGGAAUUCGACUUUCAGACUCUGAAGUGGGUGGAGUUAUUGCCCAGAACAUGGCUUAUUCCUGCUUAGUCAUUGAAGUUAGAGAGAAGCAGUUUGGUGAUUCCUACUUGUUGCAGAUGAAAGAGGGGAUUCACGAACAUAAAGCGUCAGCUUUUGAACAAGGGGGAGAUGGCGGUACCAUGAGAUACCGAGGCAGAUUAUACAUUCUAGAUGUAGAUGGGCUCAGAGAGUGGAUUAUGUCAGAGGAUCACAAUUUCAGUAUUGGGAUGGCACUGUUUGAAACCCUUUUUGAGCGAAGUUAUAGAUCGCCAAUUGGUUGGUUUAAAUUUAGGGAAGUAGAGUUGUUAGGGCUGGAUUUGGUCUAUCAGGCUAUGGAGAAGAGAGAUUUAGAGUUUGAAGUUAAUGACUGGGUAUUUCUUAAGCUCUCACCUAUGAAGGGUGGCAUGAGAUUUGUGUUUCAUGUGUCAAUGUUGAGAAAGUGUGUGGGAGACCCGUCAUUGAUUGUUCCGACUGAUAGCAUAACAGUCAAUGAUAAUUUGACUUAUGAAGGAGACCCAGUGAAAAUCCUUGAUCACCAUGUUCACAAGUUGAGGACUGAGGAGGUAGCCUCAGUAAAGGUUUUGUGGCGAAGUCAAAAAGUUGAAGAGGCCACAUGGGAAACCGAAGAAGACAUGAAGUCCAACUAUCCCUAUCUCUUUGAAGAAUCAGUAGAAAUCAAUGAAGGUAUUGUACCUUCCCCCCUCAGAUCUUUCCUUCUACAAUUUCUACAUUAUCGCAUUCACUCGUUAGAGCCAUCUUAG